AUGUAUAUUUUUGCCGGCUCAUACGAGCGCUUCGUUUUUGGAUUCUCGGCUUCAGCCGAUUGCUCCGAGCCCCAAGAGAUUGUGAAGCGGUAUACUUUUGCGGCGCACAAGAGCGCGGUGAAAUGCCUGGAGGCUGCAGGGCCCUAUGUUGCUUCGGGAGGCGCAGAUGACCUCAUCCACUUGUACGACAUGAAGGCUGAGAGGGAUUUGGGGUUACUCAUGAACCCCUGCGAUGGUGCCGUACCCUGCUUGCAAUUUUACACGCCCCAGGGCCGUACCGCUCCCAGUCACCUGCUCAGCGGCAGUGCGGACGGGGCCAUCAACAUUUGGCGGUGCCGGGGCUGGGACCACCUCAAGGGACCGGACCAUCCGCAUGUGGAAUCUGGCCAAGGGCCGGUGCACGUACACCGCCCCCUUGGCGGCCGAGGCGGAGACGGCAGUGUACGACUGUGGGACGUACGAACAAGUGGAGUGGUGGGCGGCUGGGAGCGAGCUCAUGCCAGCCGUGUGCGGGGUAUGGCACUGCUGCGGCGGGGGGAUGGCUCAGACAAGCUGCCCGCCUCCCUCGCCACCGCGUCCAGUGACGGCACCAUAAAGCUGUGGGACAUAAGGAAGCUCUGCCGGGGAACCGGCCACCGAGCGGGGGAGGGGCAGUUAGAAGAGGCAGAUAAAGCUCAGUUACCUCCAGCCCAGGCGGCCGACCAGGCGGUCAAACAGCCUGCCUGUGGCAACAUCGGCAACAUUCCUCGCCCCAAGCUUGACCCAAAGGACUUUCAAUUUGUUCAAUGCAAAGGCGAGGCGAAAAUAAAGAUGCCCGGUAGCAUCAAUGGACAAUCGUUCAUGAUUGACAAGUGCGAAAAUUGCGACAUCUACAUCCUGGACCACUGCGCUCAGGUCACCAUCGACGAGUGCACGGACUGCCGCAUCUACAUAGGGCCCACCGAUGGCUCCGUGUUCCUGCGGGACUCGUCUAACUGCAACGUGGCUACGGUUUGUAGGCAACUGAGGACUCGGGAUUGCAUGAGCUGCAACAUCGCGUUGUACUGCCGUACAAAACCAAUCGUGGAGUCGUCCAGCGAUGUACGACGGGACGGGCG